AUGAAUCCACAUCAAGACUGGAAUAGAGUUGUGUUUACUGGUCCUGUUGGGAAAGCCAAAAAAGGAGAACAAGCAGUGCAAGACGCCCAGAGAAGAGGAGCCAAUAUUGAAACAGUGAGAAAGGCACAAGGUGGACAUAAUACUCAUGGUCCUCAAGUGAAUAUCAGGAAAUUGGCUGAGGAGACCGAUGUGGUUGAAGUUCCACAGCUGUCUCAUGAGGAACAAAAAAAUAAUUAUAGGAAAUUCCCGAUGGUGGUGCUCAAUUUGCCAUCAUCGGGCACCUACAGUAAACGGUUCACACUGGAAAUGGGUUCCACGUGUAGAGCCCUUUUUGACACGUGGAGAAUCCUCACUUUCACGUGCCAAAAAGGGCUUCACACGUGGAACCCAGUGUGGACUCUGAACUGUAUUUGCCCGAUGAUGGCGCAUUGAGCGCAACUUGUAUGUAUAAAAUUUGCCAGAUGUUUUAUUAUAAUAAUUAAAGCUGUCUCAUGAGUUCAGGAUUGAAAUGCAAAAGGCAAGAAGUGCUGCAGGACUGAGUCAGGCUGAUUUAGCGAAGAGGAUCAAUGAGAAACAAAGCGUGGUCAACGAAUAUGAAAGUGGCAGAGCUGUUCCUGACAACCAAGUUAUAGUAAAAAUUGAAAGGGCUCUGAACUGCAGACUUCCAAGGCCUCCAAAGCCACAGAAGAGGAAAGCAUCAGAAGAAGAAAAAUUCUAG